AUGCCUAAAGACAAAAAAGAAACAAAGAUAAAGAAAGAAAAGAAAGAGAAGAAAGAGAAAAAAGAGAAGAAAGAGAGGAAAGAUAAGAAGGAAAAAAAAGAAAAAAAUGGCGAAGAGAUCAUUGACGUUAAAAUGGAAGAGGCAACGUCUUCAAAAAAAGAAAAAAAUGGCGACGUUAAAAUGGAAGAGGCAACUCCAAAAAAAGAAGGAACUAUGAUUGUGCAUUAUGAUUUAAGUGCGUUGGUUCCAUUUUCUAUACCAUUAGCUUCUAAAGAAUUCGUUUUGGAAUUAAUGCAAACCGUUCGAAAAGCUUCAAAGAAAAGGCAGUGCAGACGUGGUGUUAAGGAAGUUACUAAGGCUUUAAAAAAAAAUCAUAAAGGCCUUGUUGUAAUAGCGGGCGAUAUUUCUCCUCCGGAUGUAAUUUCUCAUAUUCCAAUAUUAUGCGAAGAACAUAAUGUACCAUAUAUUUUCAUUCCGGCAAAGGCUGAUCUUGGAUUUUCAUGUUCAGCUAAACGUCCGACCAGCGUAGUGAUGAUAGUUCCAGAUCUAAAAAACGAAGAAAACUUCGAUUAUAAAGAUGAAUAUAAAUUAUGUCUUAAGCAAGUUCGAGAAUUGGAACAAGCAAUUAUAUUUUGA